AUGGAUGGAGACCAAGAUAAAUCCCAAUCAGAGGCGAAGCGGAGAAAGAUCCGCAAGGGAACCAGGAGCUGCUGGGAGUGCAAAAAGCGCAAGAUGAGAUGCGUGUUUGCAGACGUUGAUCCUCCGAUUGAACUCACCUCCGAGCAGCUGGUGUGCAUCGGCUGUCAGCGACGGGGGACUAAAUGCAUCAGCCAAGAGUUUGAGCUGGUUGAAGGCAAGGAUAGGCACCCGGCUCUCGAGAGAAAAGGGGCACGCCGUAUAGGUCGUCAGGACCGUGUUGCGAAAGUCGAGGCUUUGCUUGAUCAAUUAAUCACAACAGUGCGCCAGGAUAGGACUCCUCUUGUUACUGGAGAAGCAUCAGAAACGAGUGGGACUAGUCCUACGCUGAAUUAUGGGAUUCCAACUCCGGCGUCAAUAGACCCGGGAUCUUCAUGGUCUUUGCCUUCACAAAAGCCAUCUGGUAAUCAUGGUCUGGUGGAAAAUCAGAGUAAAUGGGGGCAACUUUCUCACACUCUACUCGAAGCCCUACCCUCUCGUGAAGUCAUCAAAAUGAUAUGUAACGCCAGCGGGAGUACAACCACAUUUUUCCAUGAAAUGCUGAGCAUCCCUUACACUGCUCUUGAGCAAGACGGCUUCAUGUCACCAGAAAGUCUGCUCGAUAUACCCACGGCCAACUCGCAUCCGGUAUUGAUUGCAAAGUAUAUGCUUUCCAUGGCCAUUUUCCUACAACAUCUUCACUCGGAUUCACUCAAGGCAACAAAUGAAAAGCCAAUGUCACAGUCAUCACCACGAGCAUUAGCUAAACUAUUAGCACAAACCGCCAUCGAACACGUCACAACAAACGACGAGAUAAAUGGUGGCAGCAUCGAAGGACUGGAAUGUGUCAUGAUGGAAAGUUCAUACCAGUCUAACAGCGGAAAUCUGCGACGAAGCUGGAUAGCGAAUCGGAGAGCAAUGGCUAUCGCGCAAAUGAUGAAUUGCCACCAGGCCAACAGCCGGGCACAGUAUGAUAUCCUUGACUCUGCCAAAACCAAAGCUCAUCCACAGUACAUGUGGUUUCGCAUUGUGUUCCAUGACCGUCAUUUAUGUCUCAUGUUGGGGCUGACGCAGGGCUCUCUUGAUCGAAGAAUGGCCACUGGUGCAGCAUUUGAGAAUGAUACACCUACAGGUCGUCUAGAGCGUAUGCACUGUAUUCUUGCGUCUCAGAUCUUAGAGCGUAACGAGUCCGGCCCGAGCUCCGAUGAGAUUGUGACCUUAACACAAGAUCUUGAUAGGGAAUUACAGAAAGCAGCUCGAAGCCUGCCUUCCAAGUGGUGGCUCAUGCCAAACCUAGACCGUGUUGCGGACGAUCCACGAGCUCUAUUUUGGGAUAUGGGACGACUGUUUAAUCAGUUGAACCACUAUAAUCUACUCAGUCAACUUCAUCUACCUUACAUGCUUCGAGCAACACCUGAACGGAUGUACGAAUAUUCCCGGAUGACGUGCGCAAAUGCCGCGAGAGAGGUCCUUUCACGCUUCAUCAUGUUUCGCAGCUUCAACAGGAACGAUUUCUGCUGUCGGACAGUCGACUUCUUUGCGCUCAUGGCUGCAAUUACACUACUUCUGGCGCAUCUGGGCAGUCGCCGUAUUCCGCAGGCUAGCAAUCUCCUGGCUCACCACUAUCCCAGUGACCGUGCCAUGAUAGAGCAAGCGCAGAUGAACAUGGAACAGAUUAGUCGACUGAACGGGGAUGUUUUGAGUGCCCAAAGUACCGAGUUGUUAAGCAAGUUACUGGCUGUUGAAUCGGAGGCAACAGAUGGAACAAUCAGCACGGAAAGCCUCAGUGUGCACGUGCCCGAGAAUGAAGAGCUAGGAGAAGUCGACAGCAGCGUUGUGCGGAUGGAUAUUCCUUACUUUGGGACUGUCAGAAUUGAGCGCAGUGGCAUACUUUCCAGGGAGCUGCACGCUCCAGUGGUUGAUAUGCUUGAUUCCAAGAGAAGCCUGGAAGGUACAGCUCAUGCUCCGGGUUUCAACGACUUCGCUGAGAAUGAUGGCCUCAAUGCACAGUUCGAUGAUUCUCAGCAGCAAUACCAGGGUCCAAGGCUAACAGCUGGAUUGGAUGACUGGGCGUUUCAAGGUGUUGACAUGGCUCUGUUUGACAGCUUAAUGAAAGGUGUCGAUGACUAUGAGGUCGAGUAA